GCGCUCCACUCCGCAGCGCGAGGGAAAGCGUGGGCCGCAUGGACGGUGAGAAGUGGAGCGGUGGGGCCUUCAGAGCAGGGAAGUGGGAGACUGGGCUGGAGGUAAAAACGAGGCCCUGCAGGAGAGACCUCCACGUUGCAGGCAGUGUUCUCUCUGCUGAAGACCAGUCGUGAGAGGCUGUUCCUCAGCCUUGGACCAUCUCUGGCGAAUCUCCCAGAGAUUAUUCUGUGUUUAUAUACCUUCCGUGGAGGCUCGGUCCUCUCUCACUAGGUAGCCGGUGUCCAAAAACCCCGUGCUUCAGCAGAGACUGUCCAUGCAGCUGUCCCGCUCCGGGCAGCAGACAGGGCCUCGGGGUGCGCCUGUCAGAGUCCAGGCGCCGCAGAAGCCAAAGACGGCUGCGCAGAAUUCUGCCUUCCGCAUGCAGACCCUCUUGGUGAGACUCGUGGUCCUCCUGGGCCUGACGUCAAGGCUACUGGAAACGUCUGCGCUGACCGGAGCCCCCUGGGGCAGGGCCUCCAGGGUUUUCCUCAGUCCCUCGCAGGUGAAGGACCGACGCUUGGGCCUGAAAGUUAAGGACUCAAACUUCACACUUGGUGGCUUUCCUUCCCUCAUCUUAGCGGGAACCAUCCACUACUUCCGGGUGCCCAAGGAGUACUGGAGGGACCGCCUGCUGAAGCUGAGGGCCUGCGGCUUCAACACCGUCACCACGCAUGUUCCUUGGAAUCUUCAUGAGCCAAGAAGAGGCCAGUUUCAGUUUACUGGAAACCUGGAUUUGGCGGUUUUUAUAUCCAUGGCGUUGGAGGUGGACCUGUGGGUCAUCCUGUGUCCAGGCCCGUACAUCGGGAGCGACUUGGACCUUGGCGGCCUGCCCAGCUGGUUACUCCGGGACCCUAAAAUGAAGCUGAGGACAACGUACAAGGGCUUCACUAAAGCCGUGAAUCACUAUUUUGAUGAGCUGAUCCCCCGGAUAGUGUCCCUCCAGGUCCAAGAAGAUGGCCCCAUUAUUGCUGUGCAGCUGGAGAAUGAAUAUGGUUCGUAUCAUAUGGAUGAAAAAUACAUGCCGUAUGUUAAACAGGCCCUGGUGACAAGAGGGGUCAAGACGCUGCUCAUGACCGCGGAUACUGGACAGGACCUGACGGGAGGCCGCGUCAAGAACGUGCUGGCCACCCUCCACCUGAGGAGCAUAAACAAGGCCACGUACGAAAUGCUCUCUUCCUUUCAGGGCCCCAGCCCGGUGCUGAUGACCGUGUACACCGCAAGCGCCCCGGACGGGUGGGGCGCUCUCCGUCACAGCCUGGACCCGCAUCUGGUCAUGAGAGAUGCCCGUGAGAUGCUCGCCUUCUGGUUCUCCCUCAACUUCUACAUGUUUCACGGCGGCACCAACUUUGGCUUCAUGGGUGGAUCUGCUCCCCUGCACAGUUACCUCCCCACGGUCACCAGCUAUGACUAUGGGGCACUGCUGACAGAGGAUGGAGAUUAUACACCUGAGUAUGUUACAUUUCAAGAGCUUCUCCGCUCUGUUACGGUACCCAGCCACAACCUCAAUCCAAACGAGGUCCACAGGCCCCCGCAACCAGAGUCUCGACCUAGGGUUGUGUAUAAGCCAGUGACAGCAACAUACUACAUGUCACUGUGGGACGCCCUGCCUUACCUGGAUGAGCCCACCCGGUCUGCCAAGCCCGUCUCCAUGGAGAAGCUCUCCGUGAACCAGGGGAGUGGGCAGUCGUCCGGGUACAUACUUUAUGAGACCGCCAUCUCCAGCGGAGGCCUCCUCACCUCAAGGGGUCAUGUUCAAGAUCGGGGUCAGGUGUUCCUGGAUAACCUGUACAUAGGAGUCCUGGACCACGCCAGCACCGAGCUGACUAUCCCCAGGAGAAGCGACUACGAGGGCUCCCAGAUGUUGCGAAUCCUGGUGGAAAACCAAGGCCGACUCGCCUGUGGGCCUGACAUCAACAAGGAGAGAAAAGGUUUAACUGGGGACAUCUAUCUGAACAAGUCUCCACUGAGAAAGUUUAAAAUCUAUAGCCUGGAGAUGAAGCCCAAGUUCAUACAAAGGGACCUUCCGAACAUCUGGAAACCAGCCUUAUUCCAACCUCGGGGCCCGGCCUUCUUCCUCGGUCUCCUGAGGGUUGGUGAUCAUCCCAGAGACACCUUCAUAAAGAUGCAGGACUGGACAAAAGGGGUCGUAUUCAUCAAUGGACAGAACCUGGGGCGCUACUGGAAUAUAGGGCCCCAGGAAACCCUUUACCUUCCAGGACCCUGGCUGCAGCCUGGAGCGAAUGAGAUCGUGGUGUUCGAGGAGUGGAAGUCUGCCCUUGUGAUCCAGUUCACAGACAGCCCACAGCUAGGGCACGUUUCCUGGGCCUCUCCCCGCUGCCGUGGGCAGAGGAUGCAGGGCCCGGCCCCACCAGGCACAUACGCUCUGCUUUGCCAGGAUACUGAGUCUUGAGGGAGCGGCGUGAAGGAGGAAGAGACUGAGCUGAGUCAUCUUGACGGCGGGGCUGUGGGGCCCACCUGUGCUGACAGCUGCCAGUGGGAGCCACCCUGGAUCCCCUGUUUAUCGUGAGCCCUGUGCUGGGCCUGAGGUCCGCUUCCUAACCCGCCAGGACGGUCCUGCCUUGGCGUGAGUUAGCUCCCUGUUUCUGAUGCUGCAACAAAAUAAACCUGUUCCAUGCAAA